AUGCCGGCUGCGGAGACGGCCAGGUUGCUAUCUACUUCGCAGAAGGGAUUGAAGGUCUAUGCCAUCGAUGUUCUUCCGCAGCAAGUCCAACAAACACAACAGAACGUCCGGGAGGCUAUUGAUGAGGUCGAUUGGGCGGCCGGACUCAAAUCAGAUACGGUCACAGCCUUGGAUGCACUGACGGUCCAGCAAGGUGACUAUCAUGACCUUCGAGCAGUGGAAAACGGUUCCUGCGACGGUAUCUACACAAUGGAGACACUGGUGCAUGCAACAAACUUAAGCCGCGUCUUCUCGGAGUUUUACCGAGUGCUGAAACCUGGAAGAAGGAUCACUCUAUACGAAUACGAUCAUUGGAGUAGUGAAGACGUUCAGCAAAUAAGCCCAUCGGCAGAAGAGGAGGCUAUGGACAAGGUUCACUUGUACCGUGCUAUAUCAAAGACAGCAAAUGGACAAUCACCGUCUCUGAUGCAGGAUCGAAGCGAACAUUCUUACCCUCGGAAAGGCCUGAUCGGGACGUUGAGCAAGUUCGGCUUCGGAGGUGUUCAGGAAUGGGAUAUUACGCAGAAUGUAAAACCCAUGAUUCGUUUUCUCUCUUGGGACCUAUACAUCCCAUCUAUGAUUGUGUUGGCUUUGGGUCUAGAGGCACACUCUAUCAACGCCGUUGCUAUUGUCGUCAAUAAUCAGCGUGGGUGGAAGUAUAUUGCAGUGACGGCGCAAAAACCUGUGACAAGGACUGUACAGUGUAUGGUAGACUGUAUAUGA